GCUCUGUCUCGAGCCUGGGUGGUCUCUGGGGGGAUUUUCUUAGGGGGUGGUGGACUGGAGGCUUCUUCUUUGUUAUUAUGGAAUUUCCAGUCUGUAUCUCGAUAGCUGAAGGAACUUACUCAGAGCCCACAGUCUGUGGUGGCUUCUUUUGGUGAAUGCUUUGUUGUUAGAGGAUAGAUUUUAAUGUGAAGCUAUGCUGUGCUUGCUUAAAUAAAUUGUAAGAGGCUCCUAUGGAAGGCUGUAAACGUCUUGGCUCCAGCUGAGUAAGUGAGGAGUGAUGGUGCACAGCUGAGAUUGUUGAUGGCUGAGCAUCCUACGGAGAUGUCACUGGGGACCAGGGGACUGACUCUGGGAUUUUCUUCUGCUGUCAGUCACCCCAAAGCUUUGGUUGUUUACCUGUUUGCUCCCUGCCUAGGCUGAACUUGAUGAACAGCACUUCCACGCACAGCAGCCUGAGGAGCAGCAGAUGUUCUGUCUGUGUUGUUUUCCUCAGUCCAUGCUGCUGCCUGAACUUGUGCCCGAGCACCAAAUGCCACCCUGCAGGCCUCUGUUGGCCGGCAGAGCCCCAGGGUGGUGGCGUACCCAGCCCGUGGCCUGUGUCCUGGAGAGCCCGCCCUUCAGAGCGCAGCAGUUGUGUCAAUGGGCUCAGCUGAUCAUCGACUGAACCUGGCAGAGAUCCUUUCCCAGAACUACGGUGUGAGGGAAGAAAGGGAGGAAGAUGAUACUCAGGAGAAGCAGAAAUCUUUAGAAGAACUGGAGAAGAGUUUCAGUGCCUCUCAGAGCAGUGAAAUGCCAUUUGAGGAGCUGCUGGCACUGUAUGGCUAUGAGGCGUCUGAUCCCAUCUCGGAGCAGGACAGCGAGAGCAAUGACAUCGCUCCCAACCUCCCUGAUAUGACUCUGGAUAAGGAACAAAUAGCGAAGGAUUUGCUUUCAGGGGAAGAAGAGGAGGAGACCCAAUCUUCAGCUGAUGAUCUGACUCCAUCCGUCACGUCCCACGAUGCUUCGGACUUAUUCCCAAACCAGCCUGGCUCAAACAACUUCCUUGCUGAUGAAGACAAAGAGCCAUGUUCCUCUCCAUGUGCUUCCUCCAUGGCUGAGGACUCAGAGGUGGAUUCCAUCCCAUCCAACGAGUGUAAGAAGGAGAUCAUGGUUGGACCGCAGUACCAGGCCACUGUUCCCAUCCUCCGCUUAAACAGGCACAGGCAGAAAGUGCUUUUUCUGUUAGCCUAUGAGAAUGAAGAUCAGCUGCUUUGGGACCCAAACAUCCUCCCCGAGAGGGAGGUGGAAGAGUUCCUGUACCGCGCCGUGAAGCGGCAGUGGGACGAGCUGUCGGGCAGCAGCCUGCCAGAGGGAGAGGUGGUGAAGGACAACGAGCAGGCGCUGUACGAGCUGGUGAAAUGCAACUUCAACGCAGAAGAGGCGCUGCGGAGGUUACGGUUCAACGUGAAGGUUAUCAGAGAUGAGCUUUGUGCCUGGAGCGAGGAAGAAUGUAGAAAUUUUGAACAUGGCUUUAGGGUCCAUGGGAAAAACUUUCACCUUAUCCAAGCGAACAAGGUCCGCACGCGGUCGGUGGGCGAGUGCGUGGAGUAUUACUACAUGUGGAAAAAGUCAGAGCGCUAUGACUACUUCACUCAGCAGACCCGUCUAGGAAGGAAGAAGUACGUCCUCCACCCUGGAGCCACGGAUUUCACCGACAAUGACCUGGAUGGGGUUGAGGUGGAAAACACAAAUCGUUCCCGGAGCUCCCCGCCAAUUCCCUCUGCAACUGGCUGUCUGGACGCUCACUUUGGUCAAGAUCAGAUAGCAAUUGAGAGCACAGAGCCCCUGAGUGUGGAGAGCACGGCCUGCAGCCUGGGCAGCAUCAGCGAGUCGGGGCAGGGCUACGAGUGCAGCACCCCCUCGGAGACAAACUGCUCCUUUGACCCCUCGGAGGAGACGUCCUCAGGCGCCGUCCCUGCGCCCUGCCCGCGUCACACUGCCACCCCCUCCGAGCCGGAGCUCUUCGCUUUGCCGCCCGCGGGACCAGGACUGGCAGAGAAGCAGGAGACGUUGCAGAACUCUGGUGAGACAAUAACCAUGGACUUCACUCUCCCUGCAGACAUUAACGAGGGGUUGCCUUUAAUUGCCGGCCCUGUGGAUUUGGACAGAGACCCUGAGGCAGUGGUGGCCCCUGCGCAAGUGUCCUUAUCGGUCACGGAUUUCGGUCUCAUUGGCAUCGGAGAUGUAAAUACUUUCCUGAAUGCUCAUCAGGCUUGCCCGGCACCUGUGGCUCGGUCAGAGCCUCUGUCACAGUGAGAGUCUCCAGUCACAAAUUUGUCACAGACCCAGCAAGGACUUAGACCUGACUGAGUGAAAUUCUGGAACUUCCACUGUCCUGUAGGGACAGUUCGGAGCUGUUGGUCGGAAUCCGUCUUUCCAUCCUCCUCGAUCCAAGGCUACAGUGAAACCAAACACCUUUCUGCUCCAGUGUAUCCUGACACGACCAUGCAAAGUGGUGGCUGGCUUUCCUGAGUGGGGAGGUCCAUCCCCCCCCCGCUACGCUGGCCGUGUGUCACCACAGGUGAUGCCAGUCUGCUCAGUGAGUCCCAGCCUCAGGACAGGGGACGCGUCCCUUGGCCCCAGCGGGACAGUCUGAGGGCAGAGGUGCUUUGAGGGAUGUGUCACCAUCAUGGUGAGGGUGCAGUCUGGGGGUCUGAGGGCAUGGGAGGGCUGCAGGGCAGUUUCCUGCAGAGACGGGCACGGCGAUGCCGGGGGAGGCUGACGAUCUUGGCCCUUCUCCCACGGGCAGCGUGUUGCGGUAGGAGCCGCUCCCCUGUCCCUCUCCCAGCAGCCAUGGGUCGUGACAGGCAGGCACGAGCUGCUUUCCCCUCCAGCAGCCACGUGUUCCUGACUCUCCACCAGCUGCAGGUGGGACGUGGCCUGGCCCAGCCCUUGGGCUGAAGGGGAAAGGGAUGCUGUGUAUGCAGCAGCAUCGUGUGCACUCGAGUGCUUCUCACCUUCCCCUGCAGUGCUGGGCCAGAGAGAACUUCUGUGGGGAGUAACAGGAGUUUCUAAGCUCACAGAGGAAUGCUGGCCCAGAGCUGUGGUGCUGCUGCUGGCAGGGGAUGACCUGAUCUUCACUGAGGGUAAAAUGCAGGUGAAAACAUCUGUAACUUCCCAGAUUGUCCCAACAAUUCGUCAGCAGAGGCAGGAGGCUGCUUAGCUCCCAGGGUGUGAAGUCUGGGAUGUGGGUGCUAGCACAGUCCCAGGCAGGGGAGCAGAGCAUUCCUGCUCCACACCAUCCUUGAGCAUUCCUGCCCUUCCCUGUGUCACAAAACAGGCUGUUCUGAGAGGAAAGGGUGUCUUUUCUGCCAUGUCCAGGGAGGUGCCAGGUGCUCUGCAGAGCCACGGGAGCCUGUCCUUGGGUGUGCUGGAGUCCAAAGCUGCUUCACUUCCCAGGUGUGUUCCAGGUCUGGGAUUGGCCACUGGCUCAAGGUGUUCUCAUUCCUCUUUUUCCAUGCAGGGAAUGUUCUCCACUCACCUGCUGGGCAAGGCUGUGGUGCAGACAGUCCUUUCCUCCAGCUGUGUUCUGCAGUUGGGAAGGGGCUUGGGUUGAGGGUUUUUGCUUGCUUUGAUAGAGGCUUUGGGGCUGUGAUGGUGCACUUGGCUCUGCUGCUGAUGGGUUUGGACACAAACCCACAGGCCUGCAUCCUCCUUUUCCCCGGUCCUGGGAAGUUGUGCCCAGCCCUGCAGCAGGAGUCCGGAAACAGCGUCCAACAGCUCCAUGGGAUGUCAGGAUUAGGCCUUGUCUCAUCCCCUAAGCCCCAGAUCUGGUUUGUGUGCUUUAGCAGGGGUUUGCUGCCCAGCACUGUGCUGGGAGGUGCAGGUAGCUGCACCUGGCUUUGUCAGCCAGAUGUGCUGAGCAGAAGCCUCCCUCCAGCUGCUCCUGGCUGCUGGAGGGAACAGGGAGCAGACACGAGUGCCUGCUCCAGGAACUGCCCAGGCUGUGAUUCCGCUUUUGUGGGGUGAGAGGAAGCUCCUUGGCUGCAGGGAGAAGGGGAGGCAGGGUGAGAGCACAGGCAGCCCUCCCAGGGAGGGCCAGGCCUUGGCAUCUCCUCCAUCGGCUGAGAACAGUCUCAGUUUUCCUGAAACCAUUUUUUCCUUUGGUUUUUUCAAGCCCUAGUGAAAGGAGAGGGGAGCUGGCUGAGGCAGAAAUCUCUUUAUGUCCUUCAGUGUUGUUUACAGAUUUGCAUGGGGUCUUUCAAUUAUGAGUGUGGCGUUUUUCCACAUAACUUUGAGGAAGAGGGGUGAAAAAGGCUGGGACAGGGAGGGGAAGUCACUGAGGGAGGAGGUUUUUUUUAUUUUGUUUUAGUUUUUGGUUUUUGGUUUUUUUUUGUUCGUUGGUUGGUUGGUUGGUUUGGUUUGGUUUUUUUUUUUUUUCCUUCUUACAAAGCACAUUCACUUUGAGCCGCUCCCAAUGCUGGACUCUUUUCUCCCUUGCCCCCCAGCCCUACACUGUGAAGUGACACUGCCUUGAAGACCCC